AUGACAAUCACCACGGCGGGCGUUGCCGUCAACCUCACCCCGACCGUCACCAAGACCUUCUUCAAGCACUACUAUAAGAAAGCCAAGCGCUCCUUCAAGGCGCGACGCAACGAUGCCGCUCUUCCGCACAACGGCCAAAAGGCGACCGACGAGUUCAUGUUCGAUGAAGCAUUUCACAUCGUGAAAGCCUUCAUCGAGAUAGGCACGAGCGAUACGGUGGAAGCAAUCCAGGACUUCACCGAUGCGCCCGCGCCACCGAUCCCGUGGGCGACGACGCUGCCGGUCAUGAUCCCCAUGGAGAGUUGCGAUGCCGCGGCGAAGCUCAUCGUCGAGCAUCUGGGCCCCCAGGACCUGGCCAAGCUGGUCGGCGGAGAGAAGUGGUGGCAGAUGCGACCGCUGCCUGGUCUCCAAGGCGAGUGGAUCGCCAUGUCCAACGACUGGAAGAAGAUGAAAACCAUGGAGAAGACGCAUCCGAAAGGUGGCUCGACUGGGUCUACUGGAAAGCAGAGACGGAGGCGCGACAAGCGACACGAACGGGCGCUGUCAGAGAUUCGAGCCAUGCGACAGAAGACAGAGUCGGCGCUCAAGAGGCGCUCGCAGUCGUUCAAGCGGGUCUCGCAGGAGGCACCGCGCCAACGGAACACGGCAGCAGGACCGAAUGCAGAGGAUGAGGUGUCGCCUGUCACAGAAGAUCAUGUGCCACAACCGCAGUACGAUGCCGCUGCCGAAGCGCAUGACGAAGAUGGAACGCACGAUCAUGCUGCAGAGACCGAAGAGCUCGACCGACUUCAACGUGUCAUGCUGUACUUCCACGGCGGUGGCUACUACUUUGGUUCUCUUGCAACUCAUCGGUAUCAGAUCGUCCGCUACGCCCGCAAGUUCGGCGGCAAGUGCUUUGCGCCCGUCUACCGUAAGGCCCCUCAAUACCCUUGGCCUUGUGCGCUGCAAGACGCCGUCGCAUCCUAUCUUUACUUGCUAUACCCACCGAAGGGGGCAAACCACAAGCCCGUGGACCCGAAGAAGCUCGUCAUUGCCGGCGAUAGUGCGGGCGGUGGUCUGACGCUAGCACUACUCACGGUGAUCCGUGACAUGGGUCUGCCAGCGCCAGCUGGCGCGGUUCUCAUCUCGCCCUGGUGCGACAUGACGCAUUCGUUCCCAUCGAUCCUGCAGAACACCGACACGGACAUCAUCCCGCCGUACGGGUUCAUUCACAAGCCGUCGACGCUGUGGCCGAUCAACGCGACGAGGCCGGCGAAGGAGAAGGAUGACGAAGCGACGAACGAGGGUGAUGACGAGCCGAGGCGGCGUGUCCCCGUUGGCGUGGAUGAAAAGGGCAAGACGAAGAACGAUUCCGAUGCCGAGCCCGCAGCGCGCAAAAGCUUCGACGGCGGCGCCCUGCCCUCCGCCUCCAAGUCCUCCGCCACCAAUCCACCAGCUACGAAACCGUCAACGAAGCAAACCGGCAUCCCUUCCGCCCCAGACCUCCUCUGGUCGGACCCCAUCAAUGUCAACCGCGCUGACCCAACCAAAGAAGCCAUCGAGCUGCGCGAACAAAUCCAGCUCUACGCGACCAACGACCAGGUCACCCAUCCCUUAUGCUCGGCCGUCCUCUCCGGCUCCCUCGGCGGUCUGCCUCCGCUCUACAUCCUCGCUGGCGACGCCGAAGUGCUCCGGGACGAAAUCAUCUACCUCGCCCACCGCGCCGCCCACCCCUCCCGCUACCCUCUCCGCAAAGACCUCCUCGAUCAUUCCGCGCGCAACCGCGAGAACGCCGAAAAGUACGACGGCACCCCGACAAAGGUGCAUCUGCAGGUGUACGAUCAGAUGUGCCACGUGCUGACGGCGUUUGCGUUCACGGGGCAGAGCCGGUUUGCGUACAGGGGCGUGGCGAGUUUUGUCAAGCAUGUUACGGGGGCGCCGACGGAUAUCAGGAAUCCGUUCCCGGAGACGAGGGAGGGGGAGGUGGGAAGGGAAGGGGAGGGGGAGGGAUGGGAGGAUGGGGAGGGUGAUAGCGAUGAUGACGGGCUGAGCGAGGUCAGGUCGCCAGAGGGUGGGUUGAGUUUGCAAAGCUCGCAGGUGGCUGCGUCGACAGCAGGUACGUCGACGAGCGGAGUCAACGGUCUUGAUGGGAUGAGUGCGCUUUCGGUCCGAGAUGGCGAAGGUAGCGGCUCGAAGCCAAGCGCCAUCAACACCGACGUCGCGACCAGCAACGCCGACCAAUCAGACACACCACUGCGCGACGAGCCCGAACCCAUCUCAACCACCUCUCCAACCCACCCUGCCGCCGUCACCACCGACACCACCACCACACGCCACCGGUCCAUGUCCAAAGUCCUCUCCGACACCCUUCACGGCCACCCCACCGGUUCCGGCUCGAAUCCGCGUUCUCGCCGCGCCACCAACGACGUCGCCAACACCUACGCGGGCCAAGUACCCCUCGUCCGUCCCUCGUACCAAUCCUUCAUGAUUCGCGAGCGCAUCGACGUCCGAGGCUUCCUACGACCGCUCGAACCCGAAUCUGCCCUCCCCGCCCUUCAACUCAACCCCGACGACAUCGGGCGGAUCAAAGAAGGCCCUGUCGAGCGAUACCUCGAUGGUCAGGCGCAGUGGGCGAAGCGUUUUGCCAAGACCGCGCGCAAAGUCGAACGCCAGCGCGCAAAGAACGAGACGACGGCACAGAGGAUGUUGGAAGAAGCCCACACGCAGGGGUUGUUGGACGUGGCAGGGUUGGAGCGGAAGAGAGAGGUGCUGUUGCGCCGCACGCAGGAGAGCGCGGGCGGGGUGGGGGUGAAAGGGGUGGAUGUGGCGAGAGGGGCGGAGAGGUGUAGGGACAAGUGGGGGUGGUUGUGCGAUGUUGGACCGAUGGAUUUGGUGGAUGAGACGCCACCGCCGGCAGCGAUCGCGGGAAGGAGGGAUACAGACGAUGCUUUGGUUUUGCUCCGAAGAUCGUUGCAGAUCCGAGCAAGGGCGUAUGGGGUGCAAAGGAAAAGCAGGUUCUGGGGCGCAGAGGAUCGACCGGUGCGAGAACAUCUUAGGACGGAAGAGGAGACGUUGAAUACCGAGACGAGCACCGAUCCGACGGGUAAAUCGGCCGAUCCGGAGGGCAAGGGGAAGGAGGGGAAGGAGGUGCAUCAUCAUCGAGGGUUGCGCGUGUGGAAUUUGCUCAUGGUCGGGAGCAAGCCUGGGUCGUCCAAGGGCGAGAAGCACAGCUGA